AUGUCUUUGAAGUUAUCAAGUGUGUCUGCCAGAGAAUGGUUUCAGAAAACAAGAGAAGGGUUAAAAUCAUGGCCAGAGUUUAUAAAAACGGAUCGAUUCAAAGUACCUAAAUCUGUUGCUCCUGUACCACAAAGAAUCAUCAAAAAUAUUGAAUAUUUUCAAGGCAAUUAUUUAUUUGUCUUCCUUGGUUUAUUCUUAUUCUGCAUAUUAACAUCACCAAUGUUAUUAGUAGCUAUAGCUGUAUGUUUGGGAGCAUGUUAUAUUAUAAGUCUGAAAAAUGCUGAUAAGAAAAUCUCAAUCAUGGGUCGUGAAUUAGGUCUUGCCCAACAAUACACAACUGUAGGUCUCUGUUCUUUCCCAUUAUUCUGGUUAGCUGGUGCAGGUUCGGCUGUAUUCUGGAUUAUAGGAGCAUCAUUUUUUGUGAUCAUGGCCCAUGCUACUUUAUAUCAACCACAAAUAGAAGGUGAAGGAUUUGAUAUAGAAAUGGAAGCUGUGGCUGUUGAAAAAGUGUAA